AUGAGUGAAACCGAAUUAACUAUUUUUACAUUAGAAGAAGUUGCUAAACAUAACACCAGUUCCGAUUUAUGGAUGGUUUACAAUGGUUUAGUUUAUGAUUGUUCAUCGUUCGUUGAUGAACAUCCAGGGGGAGAAGAAGUUUUAGUUGAUUGUGCUGGUACUGAUGCCACUGAAGAAUUCGAUGAUAUUGGUCAUUCUGAUGAUGCCCACGAAAUUUUAAAAGGUUUAUUAGUUGGUAAAUUAAAGGGUGGUGUUACUAAAGAAAUCAAAUCCCAACUUAAUUUUGAAGAAUCAAGCAGUAACUUUCCAUUAUUAGCUGUCGGUGCUAUUGUCAUUGCUGCUGGUGCCUAUUAUUAUUUAAAUAUGUAA